CACCUCUGUGUUGCUGGAAUAAUGGCUAACAUUCUAAUCAGACAUGCCAGAUAUUUGGCUAGACCGUUUAUCAGUAGAGCCUAUUCUUCAGUAGCUGCAGCAGUUGAGACUGCUCCUGAAGUGUACACAAUUCCACCUCCUCAACCAAAAGUUAAAAAACCAGGUCAAUUGUCCCCUGAACAAGUCAAGCAAUACUUUAAUGAUGGGUUUCUGGUUGUGCCUUCUUUCUUUACUAAGGAAGAAUUGAAACCAGUAAUGGAUGCUAUUGAAGAAUGUGUGGAUGUACUGGCUAGUAAUCUUUACAGAGGAGGCAAGAUAAAGGACAAGGCUGAGAGUGCUGGAUUAUACAAGAGGCUCAUCUUGCUUGAAGCUCAAUUCCCUGGAGCAGCAAUCGUUUUAGUGAAGCAAGGAUACCUGCCAGUGGCAUUUAGGAACCUUUGGUCUAAUGAUCGUCUCCUCAAUGCUAUCGAGCAGUUUAUUGGUCCAAACAUUGCUGGUCAUCCUGUAUGGAAUCUACGUACUAAAACACCAGUAAAUGAAGAGACAACAGUACCCUGGCAUCAAGACAAUGCAUACCUUGAUGAGACAUGCCUCACUACUCAUCAAGCAACAGCCUGGAUACCAUUCAUUGAUGCCAAUAAACUUAAUGGUUGUGUUCAAGUGGUCAAAGGAGGGCAUCGGGCUGGUAAGACUGCUACUCAUACCUGCUGUGCUGGAGGUACUUGGUAUGUUGAUUUAGCUGAGGAAGAGAUGGAGAAAACUCUUGGAGUUAACAUGAAGACUGACGUGGUCACUUGUGAAGUACCUUUGGGUGGAGUCCUCUUUUUUAACAAUUGCGUCCCUCACAGAAGCCUUGAAAACUAUUCCGAUAAUGUACGCUGGAGCCUUGACCUUCGUUGGCAAGAUCCUAAUAAGUCCCCAGGGUUUUAUAACCUUAAGCAACCCAUCUUAAUGAGAACUGCUAGUGAUCCCAAUUACAAGAUUGAAUGGGAAGAAUUUGCAACGGCAGAUCGUAACAAAAUACAAAAGGAGUCUUUGGGGAUCGAUGAAAACGAGUUUGACACAACAGUACAUGGUCCAUGGAUGAAACGAUGGCCGAUUACUAACCAUAAUAGGCAUACAAAAGCACUUGCAGCUGAAGAAACUAAAAAAUAGCACAGAGUAGUACCAGAUACUUAUUAAUUACAUGAUAACUGGGUUUAUCUUGGUUUAUAAUAAUUAAUGAAUUUAAUUUGCUGAAAAAAAGAA